AUGGAUGCACCGCACGUGAGAGAUGAAGCAGCAAAUCAUUACAUAUUGACCCGGUCUCCGCCGGCUUCUACUCAGACGAUUGCGGCCGUCGCAGCUCGGACUCGUCUCCACUGCUUUCGUUCAGACGACCGCAACCCAAAUUUGCUCUCAUCCAUCCCACCAGAAACCAUUCAUGAAAAGCUUUAA